UCCUGGCAGCGUCCAUGCUCACUUCGGUCUCUAGUCUGGACCACCUCGGUGAGACCAGGAUACUCGGUUAGCAAAAAAAAAGAGAGAAAAGUAAAAUUGGGACCAUGCUGAAAAUAGAAUAGAAAACGGUAAUAAUAAUUGCAAGCACAGAAAAAAUAGGUAUGCACAUACGAUAUGUGUCCAUUAAGAUAGAUAGAUGUCUGUCCAUACGACCAAAAACGAAGUGUACACAACCUCUUUUUAUCUAAUCUUAUUGCCUCAUAUAUCGAAGAAAAAGUAACACGAAAUUACAAAAGGCAACACACACACACAAAGCUGUGUGAAAUCGGAAAAUGAUGAAAACAUCAAUUAAUAAGAAAACUUAAAGAAAGAAAGAGAAACGAAAAGAAAGAGGAAAGGGUCAAGAGAGCAUAUAUUCCCUUCUCCAACAAAACCCCACUCAUGUUUCCAGAUAUGGAGUGAAAGAAGCAAUAAAAAGAACAACAUCAACCACUCCACAUAUUUAUAUAUUAACCUCCAUAUAGCUUUGCCAACAAACCCAACAAUCUUUGAAAACAAAUAACCCUUUCAUUUUAUAUUUUUUUUUUUUUUUUUUUUUUUUUUUUUUUUUUUUGAUUAACCAGGUGUUGACCUUGCAGUCCACCACCUAGGCCCGGCGCCAAUUAUAUUUUAUAUUUCUUGGGGUCGUUUGAUCUUAAUUGUUAUUAGAGAGAGAUUUGUAUGUGUUUGUUAAUGGCGAGCAACACUAAUAAGGGUAAUAAUCAGAAGACAAAGAUGAGUCUUGUGUUGUCAACAGAUGCUAACCCUAGAUUAAAAUGGACUUGUGAGCUUCAUCACAGAUUCGUCGAAGCCGUUAAUCAGCUCGGUGGACCUAACAAGGCAACACCUAAGAGUUUGAUGAAGGCUAUGGAGAUUCCUGGGCUUACCUUGUAUCAUCUCAAGAGCCAUUUACAGAAAUAUCGACUAGGAAAGAGCCUGAAGUUCGAUGAUAACAGGCUAGAAGUUUCAUCAGCUUUAGAAACCCAAGAAGCUGAGAGUGGAAACUAUUCUAGAGAUUUCAAAGGCAGUGUCAACGAAGAAAACAACCAUCCAGCUAACGAAAGCUUGAAGAUCACCGAAUCCUUACAACUGCAGACGGAAGUUCAGAAGAAACUUCAUGAACAUAUCGAAAUCGUUCACAGGAAUUUGCAAGUGAAGGUUGAGGCACAAGGCAAGUAUUUACAGUCAGUACUGAUAAAAGCUCAACAAACUCUCGCUGGCUACACAUCUUCCACUCUUGGCAUGGACUUUGCAAGGACCGAGCUCUCGAGAUUUGCUUCACUGGUGAAUCCGAGUUCUUCGUUCUCGGAGCUGACGCAGGUGGAAGAAUACGAAGAAGAAGCAGAGGACGCACAAGAAAGUUUCUUGUAUCGCAAGAAAACAGAAACUAGAGGAAUUAGACUGCUGAGAUGUUCAGUUGAGAGCUCCUUGGCAUCUUCAGAAAGAUCAGAGACAAAACUGAAUAAUGAUAAUGACGAGAGACAAUUGGUGGAGCUUCCGUUGAUGGAGAUCAAAUCAGAAGUGAUGACGGACAAGAAGAAGAGAAACCAUAACGACGUCGUUUGCAUGGAAUGUCAACUGCUAAAGAAGAUAGAUUUUGAAGUUGAUGAUGAUGAGCAGGAGUUGAAGUUGAGUUUGAAUAGUUACAAAAAAAAAUAUGGGGACGUGCCCGACCGAACAUAGGACUUGAGUUUGAGAAAUAUACGUUUUAUUAAAGAUCUAUAAAUGGUUUUCAAAAAACUCCUAUUAUAUAUGCGUAGAUUUCCAUUGAUAUUUUUAAAGUAAAGAUUCUGUGAGCAAGUCGGGGUGAAGAACGCAUGGGAAUAUUCUAUCUGAGUCAACAUGAUUAUCACAUAUACCCUUUUUUUUUUGGAUCGAAUAUACGUUUUAUUAAACAUGAU